UCCAGAAGGGGGGGGGGAGAGGAUCGUAGAGAAAGAGCUUGCUGGCUACGGACACGGCUUACGACUUUGUCAAAUUCACAGCCCAACAUCAAAACCAACCGGGGUCAGCGGACAAACGCUCAAAAACUCAAAUUGUAGGAUUAAAUGAUUUUAUGGAUAAAACUGAACCUUUCAUACGUCGAAAGAAUCUAUUCUCAACUUGAGUUUAUAGAACCGUUAGGCUGGUGGCCGAAGAGGAUCCCGGAAGACUCAGACAGAGAUGAAGACUCUGGAGGAACCUCCAUACCUGACAGUGGGCACUGAUGUCAGCGCCAAGUACCGAGGGGCUUUUUGUGAAGCCAAGAUCAAAACGGCCAAGAGGCUGGUAAAGGCCAAGGUGACCUUUAAACCAGACCUGACCACGGUGGAGGUCCAUGAUGACAGCAUCAAAGGACCUCUAAAGGUGGGGGCCGUGGUGGAGGUGAAGAACCCUGAUGGUGUGUACCAAGAAGCCUGCAUCAACAAGCUGACAGACUGCAGCAUUUACACAGUUGUGUUUGAUGAUGGAGAUGAGAAAACCCUGAGACGAUCUUCUCUCUGUCUGAAAGGAGCGCGUCACUUUGCUGAGAGUGAGACACUGGACCGCCUCCCACUGACCAACCCAGAACAUUUUGGAACCCCGGUCAUAGGCAAGAAAGGAAAUCGUGGACGCAGGUCUAAUCCAGUUCAGGAAGAGGAGUCGUCUUCGUCAUCCAGUGAAGAAGAGGAUGGUGACGGGACACAGAAUGAAGAGCUGUUUGGGAAGGUGGUGUGUGUGGAGGGGGGCUCAGCCUCUGCCAGUGACAAGAAGACCAAGGGCUCCACCUGGUACCCUGCACUGGUCAUCACGUCCGACUGCCAUGAAGAGGCCACCAUGAAGAAAGACACAGUCUUCGUCCGGUCCUUCAAGGAUGGAAAAUUUAACACAGUACUGAGGAAGGAGGUCAGACUGAUGGAUAUGGACCUCCCUCCUAAAGCGGACCCAGGACUCAGGCCAGCGCUGGAUGCAGCUCUUCAGUUUGUGCGUCAGGCGGUGGUGCCCAGCUCCUGGAGGACAGAGGUGAAGGCUGAGAGCUCCAGCAGUGAGGAUGAUGAUGAUGAGGAAGAGGAGGAACAUGAGGAAGACCCCAGCGAAGAGGAGGAAGAGGAGGAAGUGGAGCCAUUCCCUGAGGAAAGGGAAAACUUCCUGCAGCAGCUCUAUAAGUUCAUGGAAGACAGAGGAACGCCCAUCAAUAAGAAGCCAGUCCUGGGCUACAGAAGCCUGGACCUCUUCAAGCUCUACAGGCUGGUGCACAAACUGGGAGGAUUCCAUGAUAUUGAGAGUGGAACUGUGUGGAAGACUGUCUACCAGGCGCUGGGAAUCCCCGUGCUAAACUCUGCUGCUGGUUACAACGUCAAAUGUGCUUACCGCAAGUACUUGUACGGCUUUGAGGAAUACUGCACGUCCUGUGCCAUUUCCUUCCGUAUGGACCUCCCUCUGAAGCAGCCCAAGCCAGAGGGGAGGCAGACUGAGGGGGGGGGGGAGAAGCCUGGGUCUGGGGGGUCCACCAUCGUCCCUCCUGAUGACUCUGAAGAGGAGCAGAAACAGAAAGCCCCCUCUGAAAUAGAGACGCCAUCAGCAGAAGAGACCAUCAAGUCCAACUCUGCUCAGCUCAUCCUCUUUAAGCCGGAGGAGACAGAACCCCUUAAGGCAGAGCAGCGGAAGACUGAACAGAAAGAUGAAGAUGAGGAAGAUGACGACCAUCAGAAGCAUGGGUCUGACGAUGAAGAGGGCCCUUCGUUUGCUCGCCUCAGAGCCGAGGGAGUGAAGCUGGAGCCGUUUGAUGAGGAGCAGGAGGGGAAGGAGGAGGACAUCUCUGGGGAUGAGAGCUGCAGUCAGGAGGGCGAUGGUGGUGAUGAUGAUGAUGAUCUGGGGGAGGAAGGGGAAGAGUUUGAGUGUUACCCCCCGGGGAUGAAGGUGCAAGUGAGGUAUGGUCGCGGCCGCAGCUUGAAGACAUACGCGGCCACUGUGAGAGAGGCUGACGUGGAGGGUGGAGAGGUGCUCUACCUGGUCCACUACUGUGGCUGGAACGUCAGAUAUGAUGAGUGGGUCAAAGCUGACAAGAUUGUACGUCCGGCCAAUAAGAAUGUCCAGAAGAUCAAGCACCGCAAGAAAAUAAAGAACAAAUCAGAUAGAGAACGUGACCGCCUGACACGGCUAAAUGAGGACCUGGGAAGUCCGUCCCCAAACAACCUGCGCAUCCCUCGCCCCUCCUCCAAGUCUUCUGGUCCUGGCCCUGCCCAUGACCGGCAUGUUUUCUCCCAGCUGGAUGACGCUUCAGAGACUUCAACAGAUGACAGUGAUCAUGAGGAUGAGGAGGGUGAGCGUGAUGAUGAAGAUGACCGUCCAGGGGGGCGCAGUAGUCUCAGAAAGGGGGGUCCCCCAGAACCCCCUGAUGCCUCAGAUCAACAGGAGGGUUCCAGCCCUGCCGAGGUCACCGGAAAGAGCCAAGAACCAAUUAGCGUUGAGACCCAGGAUGCCGGGAAACGGCGUUGCCAACCAGAGUUUCUGCCUGAGAGGGAGGGGCCUGAGAGGGAGGGGCCUGCUCCCAGCAGCGCCGCUUCCAGGAAGAGGAAGUCUGAGGGUGCAGCUGUUGACCAACGCAGCCCUAAAGGACCCCUGUCCAAAACCAAACCUCCCACCCGCUCCACCAGAAGUGCAGAUUGGCUUCCAGGAGGUUCCCCUAGGAGGACAGAGGAGAGAGGGAGAGGAGGAGCAGUAGGAGGUUCCCCUAGGAGGACAGAGGAGAGAGGGAGAGGAGGAGGAGCAACAGGAGGUUCCUGUAGCAGUAGCGACGAUGAUGAUGAAGUGCCCAAUGAUCCCCAACAAGAGCAGUCGGACCGAGAACGCCCCAGCACCCGCCCAAAACCCAAGCCUUCCCCCUCCAAGAAAUACAACGGCAUGAAGGACAAGGCUGUCAAAGGAGGCAGUGCUGGGGUUGGCGGGGCCCGCCCUGCGGCAUUCUGGGAGAUCCCUGAGAAGAGGGCCAAGAUGACUGCAAACAAUACAGAAGAGAGAGAGAGAUCAGCGGGUGGCGGGCGCACCAAAGGCCAGAAGGAUGUGUGGUCCAGUAUUCAGGCCCAGUGGCCCAAGAAGACCCUGAAGGAGCUGUUCUCUGACUCUGACACAGAGGCUGCUAACUCUCCUCCUCCUGCACCAGCCGUGUCCUCUUCCUCUGGUCUGGAGGAGAGAGAGAGUAGUGGGGAGCGGGAGGAAGAAGAGGUGGCAGGAGGAGAGGAGAGGAAGGAUCCAGAUUCCUCAGAGGAGCAGCUGGAGGAGAAGGGCAGGAAUGUGCUGGAGGAGGAGGAAGAGGAAAAGAGGAGAUGUGAGCUGGAGGAGGUGAAAAGGAGGAGUGAGCAGGAGGAAUUCCCAUCCAGCGGUUCUAACUCAGUUCUCAACACGCCUCCUACCACCCCAGAAUCCCCUAGUGGAGCCAUGGAGCAGGGCUCUGGGUCUAAUGGGAAUCAGCCCUCCUCUCCUCCCCCAGCUGUGGUCCCUAGCCUGGGCACAAACUCCUCCCCUGACCCACUUACCUUGGGGCCUCCUGGACGGCUCAACCCCCUGGCCGAAGGGCCUCCUGGACGGCUCAACUCCCUUGCCGAAGGACCUGCUGGACGGCUCAACCCCCUGGCCGAAGGACCUGCUGGGCGGCUCAACCCCCUGGCCGAAGGACCUCCUGGACGGCUCAACCCCCUGGCCGAAGGACCUCCUGGACGGCUCAACCCUGUGGCUGAGGGGCCCCCUGGGCAGCCCAACCCCCUGGCAGAGGAAGGCGGUGGGGUUCGCAGUGAGACUGACAGCAGUACACUGGAAGUGGAGAGCCUGGGAGGAGAGCUGCAGGACCAGGACACGACCCCAGACCAAGAGCAGAGUGAACUCCCCCCGCAUGGGGUUGAAGGAUCUCCCUCCUCCCAGACCAAGGCCUUCCUGGCGGACGGUCUAGGCAGCUUGUCUUCCUCUCACUCCCAGUCCAACUCCACCUGCAGCCUGGAACUCAGCAGCAGCAGCCAGCAUGAGAACACUGAGCACAAAGCCAAAGUGUCUGCCAGUCAGAAGCGUCCGAAAGAAUCACAGGCAGGCGGAGUAGUGAAGAAACACAAGCCAAACAGAAAGAGCUCCGUCCCUCCCAAGAAGAACAGAAAAACUGCCCACAGUAGUGACAGUGAGGACCAGUUUGUAGGGGAGAGCAGAGCCAAGUCUCCGGCCUCCAAGACAAACACGGCAACGGACUUGAAGGGAGCAAUCUCUCCCAAAUGCCAGGGGCCUGGCCGCACCCCUCCGUCCAGCCAGAAGUACCACAAGCAGCAGUCGCAUCACGCCGACCCAGACCACAACCCUCAGCACCACCGGGACCAUCACCGCGACCACCACCACCCUCAUCACAGGGAGCACCACGUCAGGACACCAAGGGUGUACAAAUGGAGCUUCCAGAUGUCGGAUCUGGAGAAGAUGUCGAGUCUGGAUCGUAUCGCCUUCCUCCAGGACAAGCUCCAGGACAUCAGGAACCACUAUCUGUCUCUCAAGUCGGAGGUGGCCUCCAUCGACCGGCGACGCAAACGCAUCAAAAAAAAGGAGAGGGAGAGUACAGUGGCUGCCUCUUCCUCCUCUUCCUCAUCCUCAUCCCCGUCCUCCAGCUCGCUGACGGCAGCCGUGAUGUUGACGCUGGCCGACCCCCCUGUGUCCUCCUCUUCCUCUCAGAACUCGGGGGUGUCUGUGGAGUGUAGGUGACAGGAUAUCCCCUCCCCCCGAGGCCCAGGACACAGCACUGAGCACUUAACCAGCACCCUCCUGGUCCCAUCCCAAGGUGCCCAAAACCCAGGUUUUCAUCCACCCUUGCCCGACCCCACUGCCCCAAGAACCAAUCCCAACCUCUGGCAUCACCCUUAGACCCUCCCACCAGAACUAUCAACACCCAGGCUCCUCCUUCAACCACACCUCCUCCCUCUCUCCCCACCAGCCCAACACCUUUUCAGGCCCAACCUCACCCUCAACCCUUUCUCCCCUCUUCCAGCAGGACACCACCUACAACUCUGCCUCCCUACUGUAGUAACAGCAGCAGGGUCCUAGCAACACAGACGACCAGAGACAACAAAGGCAACAAGCACUAUUUUCUAUCCACAACUGUUUCCUAGGCAAGCUAACUUUUAUGAAGAUUUGGUGAAAAUACACUACAAAAAGUACAGAAUUCCUAUUCCUUAAAUGUAUUGAUAAACAUUUAUAAGAGUUGUUUUCUUCAAGCAAUAAUUUUAUUCCAUUUGAUGUGGUUGUUUUACUCUGGGCUAGGGAUGUUGUACUGGUUUAGUCUGAGUUAUGGUGUGUGCAAUAAAUUGAAGGCCCUGUUUUGUGUUGCUCUGUUCAUAAGAAGAGGGUGUACCUCAUUGGCAGGUAGUACACUGGCUAAAUCUCAAACCAAACACAUUUAGCACUAGAUCAUUCAAAAGACGCAUUUUAGUUUUCAAAGUUACCCUAUCAAAUUGGUGUCCUAGGUCGAUGUUAUGAGACGCGUUAUCCCGGUGAGACGCGUUAUCCCGGUGAGACGCGUUAUCCCGGUGAGACGCGUUAUCCCGGUUAUCCCAUUAAUAUCAGAUUGUUAUGUUGGAUCAUCAUACCAACUAGUUGGCUCUUAACUAAUCAGAACUUCUCAGAUUAGAGAAAUCUGUAAUUGAUUUGGAAAUGUUGCUAAGAAUGUCACACAAAAAUUUAAGAGGAAUUUGGUGCUUGAAGGUCUGUUAUUUCGUUUUUACAUUAAUACACAGCAACUAGCUAAGUCUGAGCCAAUCGCAUUGUUCAUUGACGAAGCAAACCACGCCUAGUAGUGUACAGUUGAAUAAAAUGUUCCUUUAUCUAGCUACUGUAGUAAUACUUUAGCACAAUGAACACAAUGUUUUAUAUCAAACAGUAACUACCCGUUCUAAAACGAGUAGGCGACGCAGGCAGUAUAAAAGUCUGAAUCAGCUGAUUACACCACUAGCAACCCGUAGUCUUGACCAUAUAUAUUGUACAUGAGUUCGAUGUUUUGUUUUUACUACCUUUCCUGUCUGUUGGAGUAUGUGUCUUGGUCACUGCUUGGGUGCACUGUCUGCAUUUCAUAGUGAGUCGUGUGACAACAGCAGUGAAAGGAUUGAGGAACAUUGGUAAAUGGCAGCUGUGACUUUGCAGGCAUCGUUUCAAUGGUCAUUUAGGCCAAAACACAGCAGUCUGGUGACCACGACGAAACCCGUCAGCCAGAGGCCACUCGGUACAGGGCUCGGCAGCUAACGGUUUGGUUUGAGAUUCAGCUACUCAUAGUUACUUUGUAAAGUGACACUCAUCUUUGUUCACCUUCAAUUCUACUAUGAAACUGCCUGUUGAAGACAACACUGUUUUAAGGUUUUGAUUUGAAUGGUUCUUUUAUAUUGACCCAAGCAUAGGACCAGCUCUAUUCUGUACUCAUUCAACUGAGGUAUUGUGGAGGAGAAAGGGGCUCUGAGUGUGGGGCUCUGGAGGUCGAUAUGUGAUUGUGGAGGUCUACCGAUAAACAUGUAAGGAUGCGAUACUAUAGUGCCUUGUUGUUCUUUACUACUUCUAGAGAGGAGAGACACCACUUUGUCUUUCUGUCUCUCUCUCUGUCUGAAUGUGUUGGUCUUAAAGGUCCUUGACAUUAGACUGUAGAAAAAGAGUGUAAAUGAGACAGGUUAUGUACUAACAUGCAAGUUAAGGAGGGUUUUAUCAACAUAUGUUUAUAUUCAUAUUGUAAACAUGAUGAUUGUAGAGGUUAAUGAGAAGGAACUGAAUCUUCUGAAGGCCAGUCUCUAAUGAAUAAAUCUACUACUGAAUACAAAGAGCAGUUCAUAUGACCGGUAAAGAGCUCUAUAUGGCAGUUGAAACAUGUGGUGAUGGAGAUUUCUAUGCCUAUGAAUGAAGAUGGUUUCAAUUUCUCAGUCUUUGAGUCUUUUCGACUCUCGUGGUAUAUCAAUGUCUACCACUUAUUUUAGCCCAUUGUUAAAGGGAUCCAAAUAGAUGAACCUCCAUGUUGAGAAAGCAGCUCACUCUGCAGGCUCAGUCAGAUUGAAUAGAAACCACCAAGGAGUACAGAAGUGUGCUCACACUGCAGAAGACAUUUUAGAAGUUGUAUAAAAAAGAUUCCCAGUUUUUUUUAUUGACUGUUUCCAGACUUCCUGAGACAAAUGCACAGACACUAAAGUGUUCCAUGAGUUUUAUUUGUCUGAUGGUCAUUGAUGGUUUUUCCAACCUUUGACCUCUCGACCUCCCCUCACCCCUGCCACCUCAAAAAAAUGUGUUCUUUCUUCAUACUCUGACCAGGAAAAUGGUGACAACAAUAUUGUAAAACGUGCAUUUAUGACAAAACAAAGUGGACAUAUGGUAUGUGUGUACAAUAUUUCCUUUUUAUUUUCUCUUCAGUGUUCGUUCCCUCUUGGUGUGUGUCCUAAAUAGGCACCCUAUUCCCUGUAUAGUGCACUACUUUGAACCAGUGCCACAGGUGCAUAGGGUGCCAUUUGGGAUGUACUCUUUGUAUAGAUCCCUACUGUAUGACACCCUGAGGGUGUGUCUGUUGUUUGGCACUUGUAUGUAAUUGUAUGCCUUUGUUAUACAUUUGUAUAUUUGAGAAGAGUGUUUUGAGUCAAGCUAUUUAAUAUCUUGCACUUGUUAAUAAUGACAAUGACAUCUACUUUCCUGUACAGGCAGUUGUGUUGUUUUAUUAUGUUGUUUCUUUAGUGAACAUGCAUACAGAAGUGGGUCAAAGCAUGACUGGCUGGGCUUUGAUGGCACCCCAUUGACUCUGAGGCCACUACUCAACAGAGCCCUAUGGGCCAUGGUCAAAAGUAAUGCCCUAUUUUGAGACAAGGGGGGCUGUUUGGGACACAUGAGAUUUAUUUGGUUUCAUUUGGUUUCUUGUUGUCUUAAGAUUUUCUUAUUGUUUUUUUCUAGACUGGUUGGUUGCUUUGUAUACAUGUCUUGGCUUAUUUGUUUGUGUCUUUCCGUUAGCUCAUGAUUAUAUCAGAAGCAUUUUAGUGGGUUUUGAACUGAGAUGGUUAGGUUAUUAGAAAUAUAAUCUAUAGAAAGAGCUUGGAACCUCUAACCCUGGCAAUAUGACUGGAGGCUUGUCCUAUGGAUUAUAUUUCUAUGGUCAUUGUAUUUUUCCACCCUGUACAUGGUCUGUACAGUUUCCUGGAUCUCUGAAAAAAAGGUCUGGGAGCAAGAGAGAAAGUUUAGAAGAAAAGCUCAAUAGUAUUUAUUAGGCACAUCAGAGGAUGGUUAUUCAGUCAUGUGUAAUUUAUUGUACAAAUGUAAGCAAAAAAGAAGCCUCUGUUUGAAAUAAAUGCCAUAGUUUGUGAACUUCA